AUGUCAGUUAAUUAUACUCCACAUGCAGUAGAUGUACCGAUAACUGAUAUGGAUGAUGCCGAAGAUGACAUAAUAUUUCAAGAACAAACAAGAAGCGCUAAUGGUAACACUGGGGAUGACUUCUUACUGAGUCUAGAUUAUGAAGAUCAAAUGAAUUCACAACAAGAUAAUAGACCAUUCCAGAAACUAAGAUCUUUCUUCUUUAGAGAUAGUCAUCGUAGUAACCAAUAUGAAAUGCUCCAGCGUGAUAGAAAUGCCGAUAGCUUUGAAAUCACUGAUGAAGAAGUAACACCCAACGAAUCAGAUGAAGCAAUUGAACCACCCAUUAAUGCCCGAGAUUAUCGUAUUAAGUUAUUAGAGAAGCAAAUCAGAAACAGAACAAUACUAGGAGUGUUUCUUAUUCUUGGAGUUGCAAUAUUUACAUUAUUAGCAUUCAAGAAUGAUUCAUACGCAGAUUUAUUCCGAUCCCGUAAUAAACAGAUCUUAUCAAAUUCAACUCAUAAUUUCUACCCAACAACCAUAGUCGUCUCCCUUGACGGUUUCCACCCUCACUACAUCAAUUCAGAAGACACACCUACCCUACACAACCUCAUGGUACACGAAUAUGGUGCACCAUAUAUGACACCCAGUUUCCCCUCGCUGACAUUUCCCAACCACUGGACCCUCGUCACGGGGCUCUAUCCUUCCGAACACGGUAUAGUAGGCAAUACCUUCUUUGACCCUAAGCUCAACAAACCAUUCGUCAACACUAAUCCCAAAUUCGGGGCUCUAGAUCCUGAAUUCUGGCAAGGAGGUGAUCCAAUCUGGAAGACUGCCAGUAAUCAGGGUGUGAAGCCAGCCGUACAUAUGUGGCCCGGAUCGGAAGUACCCACAAUUGGUCCAAAGGAUGAUUUUGAUAGAUAUAAUGGGUCGGAACUCUUAUCUUCCAAAAUCGAUAGAGUUAUGGGGUGGAUAGAUCGGGAUAUUGAUACGAGACCGGAAUUGAUCUUGACAUAUGUGCCUACAAUUGAUCAAUUUGGACAUAAAUAUGGAAUUCUGGGACUGAAUUUGACUGGAGCAUUGACGUAUGUUGAUAAUUUUGUUGAUUUGAUGCAGAAAGAAAUCCUGGCUAGGAAUUUAGCUCAUAUUGUGAAUUUGAUAAUUGUGAGUGAUCAUGGAAUGGCACCUACUUCAAAUGAGAGAUUGUUGUAUCUUGAUGAUUUGAUUGAUUUGAAUAGGAUUGAACAUAUUGAUGGAUGGCCGUUGUUUGGAUUAAGACCAAAAGAGACUGAAUCGGUGGAUGGAAUAUAUAAGGAAAUAAAUGAUAAACUAGCCACGUUAGAUCCAAAGCUUGCAUCUAACUAUCACUUGUAUAAAGUGGAGGACCUCCCCAAAGAAUGGCAAUUUGGUGGUAAACUCAACGCCCAUAUGUAUAAUUAUCGACUUGCUCCAAUUUGGCUUAUCCCGGAUGUAGGAUAUUCCGUAACCACACACAAACAAAUGAAAGACAAUGGUGGAGAUUAUAAGCCAAAGGGUGUGCAUGGAUACAACAAUACACACCUAUUAAUGAGAGCUCUCUUUUUAGGAACUGGUCCAUAUUUCAAACAGAGAUUAGACAAAGGUGGAAAAGUAUUACCAUUCGCAAAUACAGAAGUAUAUAACAUAAUCUGCGAAUCAUUGAAUAUUUCCCCAUCUCCAAACAAUGGUAGUCAUACGGGUUCAAUAAUGAAACAAACAUUACCCUCGUCUUGGGAAGAUGGACUCAUAUUCCCCGAUUUGGAUUAUCACGUUGAACAUAUCGUGAAAAGUAAUGCUACAUAUGAUCUACUCUGGAGAAAAAACCACGAUCAAAUAGAACAACCUGCCGCAAAUACGAAUAACGAUCCUUUGAAAUCGAUGAUAGAGGAAGAAUCGACAAUUAGUUCUUUAACCACGGCGGCAUUGCCCAAACCAACGGAUUUCGAAACUCAUACGGAAGUGAAAACUCCCGCCCCAACUCCAGCACCUAUUUCAGUAACAACUGCUACGGCUACAGCUACGACCACUACGAAAGUACAUGAGAAUUUUGGCGAAAUUGUAGAAGACGUGUUGCAUGGGGUUCAAGAUGGAAUAGAGGAGUUGGGAAAUGUGAUCCAAGAUGGAUGGAAUAAUUUAUUUGGAGGUGGAAGUUAG